AUGAAGGGCUGUCUCUGGUUCAGUCUGUUUGCAACCACCUUCCUACUCGUCCUCGAAACAGCUGCCAGCAAGCGCCAUCUGGCUGGAUGGCUCUCUGACAAGAAUGUCUGGAAUGAGCAAGUCUACCCCUACUGGAAGAAGAAUGACAUCCAGUGGAAAAGUUGCUGGAAAGGAGGAAAGAUUGUGGCUCACUUGGGAAAUGAUGGACCUACUCUGGUCAGAGCAAAUGUAACGUUCAGUCUGGUGCUAGAACUACCUAGGUGUCAAAAGGAGGAUGAUAACGGUGACAUCAUUUAUGAUAGAAACUGCAAAAAUGUAUCUAUAUUCUUUCCGGGUCAAUACGUGUAUAACUGGACUUCCUGGAUUGAUGACUAUGGUUGGUUUAACUGCACCAAAUUUUCCAAAUGUAACAUCUUCCCAGAUGGACAAAUCUUUCCCAGACAAUUAGACUGGAGACGCAGAAAUUUUGUUUAUAUUUGGCACACGCAAGGCCAAUACUAUCAAAGAACUGGGGGCACCAGUAUGACCCUUUCAAUCAAUACGACCAACAUCACUCUUGGUGACCAUUUGAUGGAGGUGUCUGUUUAUCGAAGAGAUCAUCACAGAAGAAAAUACACCCCCAUUGCAACGGCAAGUGACCCAUACACUGUUACAGAUCGCAUUCCAACUUAUGUGCAGAUUUCACAAAAAUACCAUCGUAACACCACUGAUAAAGUUUACGUAAAGGAUUUAAAUGUUAUCUUUGAUGUUAAGAUCAACGACCCCAGCAAUUACUUGAAAAAUGCUGCUGUAUCCUAUAGUUGGAACUUUGGUGAUGGGCAUAAAUCUGCAUCAAAAAGCCCAACAAUUAUCCACAAUUUUACCAAAACAGGGCACUUUAAUCCCAGCUUGACUGUUAAAGCAACCAUACCUGUUUCUUGUGAUUCUAUACCAACCACACAGAGGAGUACAACCAAACCAACCACUACAACUGAACCAACCACAACCGAACCAACCAGUACAACCAAACCAGCCACCACAACCAAACCAACCACUACAACUGAUCCAACCACAACCGAACCAACCAGUACAACCAAACCAGCCACCACAACCGAACCAACCAGUACAACCAAACCAGCCACCACAACUGAACCAACUACUACAACAAAACUUACUACAAUGACUAAGCUGUCCACUAGCCCUGAAGCUAACACUACAGUAAAAUUGACAACCGCUGACCCACCUACGACACCUGAACUGACCACUGCAAAUGAAUCCGAGAUGACUGCUACCACCCUGAGCCCAACGACCAGUUCAGAGCCCACAAAUGGUUCCACAACAACCGACGGUCCAUUGCCACUACUGCUGCUGAGGCGAGAGGCUUCUUCUGUCAGCUGUAACCUCUACAGAUACGGCUACUUUGAAACCAACAUCACCGUUGUGGAUGGUCUUUUUGCAGUCAGGAUUGCUGGAAUGACCAAUGUUCACAUCUCCACUGGUUUUCAUCACAAAUCCACGGUGGACUUUGUUGUCACUUGUAAGGGCAGUAUACCUACUGAUGUGUGUAGCAUGAUUGCGGAUCGCUCCUGCAUGGUGCCACAGAGUGUAAUCUGUGAUCCUGUGGAGACUACUGACACUUGUAAACUGACCCUUCGCCGAAGCUUCAAUGCAUCUGGUGUCUACUGUGUGAAUAUCACGUUGAAGGAUAACACCAGUUUAGCAGUUGCUAGUACUCUUGUAUCAAUUGGAGAUUCCAUCAAGACUGCUACAGGUGUGCACAGUGUCCUAAUAUUUGCAUCUUGCCUAGUGGUUCCUAUCAUUGGUGUGGCCUGUUUCCUUUAUAAGCGCUACAAGGAAUACUCGCCGAUUGUUAAACCAGCAAAGGAUAGAAAAGAACAACUGAUGAUGAACAGCGUUAAUACCUGUGUAUACUUCCGUAAGCUGAAUACCACACUCCUCGGUGGGAAUGAUGAGAAAAGCCCACUACUGAAAAAAACUGUGAUCAUUUAAUCAGCAGCUCAUCCAAGCAGAUGUAUGCUUCAGGAAUAGUCUGCUUUUGGUAUGGUUAUGCAUAGGGCUUAAGCAUUACUAAUAUAGAAUUACAUUACUAUCUACUCCUUAUGACUAGAAUACAACACAAAGUGCUUGAAAUCCAAUUGUCAGUCCUUUUCCCACUGCCUGAUGAUUGAAGACAAUUUGUAUUUAUAAAUAUUAUCAAUGUUCAUCUCUUAAAUCUGAGAGUAAUUUUCUCUUACUUUUUUUCCUCAAAUGAACGGUAAAAUUCAUUCCAUUCUGCUAACUAAUAACAUUUUACUCCACGUUUUAUAGAGAUGGCAAAAUGACAGUUCCAUUAUAUUACUCACAAAAUAAUCUGCAGAUGCUGG